UCAUUCACCUGCCUCUUCAUCUCAGCCUCACGCCACGCACGCAAUGGCUGGCGUUCGUCUCGUCGGCGUGCGUCCGUCCCCUGGCCGUCUGGAGAGGUGGGUGGGGAGUCUACCGGACGCGGGUAGCCGGGGCGGUCGCCCCACCUUGCCGAUACGAGGUGUCCGCUCCUAUUUCAUUCGGUCCAUUCCGCCUCUCGGAAGAGUUGAGAGAGGAGUAAGGAAGGCGAGGACCUCGCGCCCCGCGAUGGGCGGCGACCUGUACGCCCUCGACUUCGACGGCGUCUUGUGCGACAGCUGCGGGGAGAGCUCCCUCUCAGCCAUCAAGGCUGCGAAGGUGAGGUGGCCGUCGCUGUUUGAGCAGGUUGACGCCGCCAUGGAGGAGUGGAUAGUGGAGCAGAUGUACACCCUUCGUCCAGUGGUGGAAACAGGAUAUGAAAACUUAUUGCUUGUAAGGUUGCUUGUUGAGAUCCAGAUACACUCUGUUCGAAAAUCAUCAGUUGCAGAUGGGCUUAGCAUCCAAGAAAUAUUGGAGAACUGGUCAAAACUGAAGCCCACUCUCAUGGAUGAGUGGCAAGAAGAUAGGGAAUCUCUUGUAGAUCUCUUUGGCCGUGUAAGAGAUGACUGGAUUGAAAAUGAUUUUUCGGGCUGGAUAGGUGCUAACAGGUUUUAUCCUGGAACAGCUGAUGCAUUGAAGCUUUCAAGCUCCGAAGCAUACAUAGUCACAACAAAACAGAGUAGAUUUGCUGAAGCGCUACUCAAAGAAUUGGCUGGAAUAGACUUUCCCUCUGAAAGGAUAUAUGGCCUUGGCACUGGUCCGAAGGUUAAAGUUCUCCAGCAGCUGCAGCAAAUGCUGCAGCACCAAGGCCUAAAACUUCAUUUCAUCGAGGACCGACUAGCGACUCUGAAGAAUGUGAUCAAAGAACCAGCACUGGACAAUUGGAACCUCUACCUGGUGAAAUGGGGAUACAACACACAGAAAGAGAGGGAAGAAACAGAGGCUAUACCAAGGAUCCAACUCAUUGAUCUACCAGAUUUCAGUAGGCAGCUCAAAUAACUACCAAUGGCGUCGACUUGUGAAUCUUGGAAACUUUGUUUUUGUUUGGUAUACGUAACUAAUGAACAGCAGAAAUACUUGAUUUUUCGAUUGGAUAUCGUUGUUCACAUAUCCGUGUACUGAUUUUUUUUCCAAGCAUUCUCGGUAAACUGAGACGUCAUGCCGUGAGCCCGCGCACGGGCUUCACAGCUCAUAACGAGAAUCGUUGCGGGAAAAGCACUUACCUCCUCAACUACAACUAGAAAAUAUGAUGUCUCGACUGUGUUUGGUUUAAG